AUGGCAAGACUUAAUGACCCCCAGACGGAGUCGCUGGAAGCACUCAAGAAGCGGUUCCUGCGCCAGAAUCGUGAAAUAGCUAGGGUCAACUCCACCCAAUCAGUCCGAAUUCGAAACCUGGAAGACGAGACAACCCGUCUACUCACAGAAAACAUUGAGCUUAGGGAGCAGGUGAUCAAACUACAGGCUUCGUUAGAUAGGCGUGAAAAGGCUAGAGUGGUAGUAGAGAGUGUCGAGGCUACUAAGAAGAAGCUGGAGGAAAAGGUUGCAGAGUUGGGUGGGAUUGUGAAGGGAUUAGAACAGGCUAUAACGACAUCGCCAGAAGGAAAAUUAGCAGUUAGGCAACCAAGGGCCAACAUAAUUUCACAUCACCAGAGGAUAUGGAAGAGCCAACUCACACUGGGAGAGAUGCAUGAUGGGCAGUUACCUGCAAUUCAUGAGGAUGCUCGUUCCCGUCGAAAUAGCCUAAACGUGGAAGAGCAUAGGAGGAACAGCCUGAACUUUGAGGAAAUCAACUUACCUCCGCCACAGCUAGAAGAUAACAUACAUGACGACUCUGAUGAAGACCUGAAACCCCCCGUCUCUAGCUUACUCGAUAUCCGGCCGAGACGGAGGAGAGAUAGUGCCAUGGCAAUAGAUUUAGGGGUACUCAACAAACCUGCUGUGCCAUCAAAAACUCAACCACCUGCGCCAUCAAACGAAAACACCAUAAGUAAGGCAUCCAAGCACAAGUUCGAACGAGAAGCAGAGGCAGUUAUGGAAUUGGUAGCAGACAUGGAAUUCAAAUUCUCCAAAAUAUCCGAGCAGCCAAUUGAAGUAGUGAGGUCAGUUGGGGGAGUCGAAAGUGCGGGGACCGCAGAUGCGCCUAGAAGCGCUGAGGAAGAUCAAGCGCAGGAGGGACAACACAAGGCUAGGGAGGAGGGGGCUCCAUCUAAGAUAGUCCGGCUCGUGUUGAGUUCUGACGCGAGAAAGAGGAAGGAAGCUUCUGUUUCCAUUGGCGAAGAAUAUGCGCCCCCUAUUGCGCCCGCCAUCUCUACCAGCAGCAGACGAGCGUUGGGGCCCAGUAAGUUCCGGCAUCUUUUUAAUACCUCCCCACAUCGUUUGAAAAGUCGGGGCGUGUCUAACACUCGAGAUACAGAAAGUACCAACUCUGAUCCUACCAAUUCACCAUUAAAGAAAGCAAGAAUAGCCUCUGCCCUAGGCAAAGAUGAGAAGGGCUAUGGAAAACCCGAAAAAGUCGACCUCCCCCCUCCUCCCUCAAUGAAAGCCUACCGCAGUUCCCAUGCUCGGGAUGUCGACCCAUCUCCACCGGAUACCGAGCAACCCACAAACGUGCGCGCUUCUAGACGAGCGAAAUCAGGGGUCAAUUACGCAUUGCCAAAUCUGCGCGACAAGAUGAGGCGGGACGACAGAGCUGCAGAAGCGGCCAGGGGUGAGGGUAGGACUCAAAAGCGUAGCUCUGCUGGAAGAUCCAGGAGUAAGGAGUCUGUGGUAGAGGGUGAGCUCAAAGUCAAGAGUGAGGACCCAGAAGAUGCGGACGAUGAAGAUCAAUGGCUAAACCUGCCACCCAUGCCGCUGCCAACGCAAACCUCGCGAUUGGAGGAGGAUCUAAGAAAGCACAAGGAAAGAGGGAUCGGAGGUUUAUUAGAAAGGAAGCCAAGUAGAGAGAGAGAGAGAAGGGAAAAAGAUUUGGAGUCAGGUCUACCCCCGAGCGUAAUUUCCCAGCGAAAGAGGAGGACUAGUAGUCUGCACUGCCCACCUAAUGGUAUGAACCCUGGGAAUGAGGAGGAAGGCAGGUCCAGGGCGGCCUUUGGGCAUGGUGAGGGGAAACGAAAAACGGUAACUACUGAAGGUCCGGACCCUUCUACUGAUUGCAAUCACCGAACUUUGAUUGACGCCAGCACCGCCCGGAAAAAGGUUUAUAGCCAUCUUCCACCUUCAUCUACCAAAGUGGAGGAUAACGAAGGGGUUUUCGAAGGUGUUUGUGGGUCCAGACGGGUGACGCUUGGUGGAGAUCCAAUUGGCAGUGAGGGGGCAAGGACAGUUAGGGGUGUAAAAAGCAGCGGACAUCUGACGAGUGAGGAUGGAGGCGAUGAUGAACGAAGGAGAUUAGGCCCGCCUGGGCCCGGGAUUGGAGCUAGGCGAAGAAGUAUGAUGCUUUAGGGAUGCAGUUGGCAUACAAGGUUCCGAGGUUCAUUUUUUUUUCGGCUCUAUUCCGCACGAGAUAUUACGCUCAUUUGGCAGUCGGCAGGCUUGAUCAGCAUCAAGGCUGUCUAGCUCCGGCAGCUGAGGCAAACUAUUUCCCAACCUGCCUUCGUUGUCACCUUGACAAGGCAAUUGAGCCGGGUGGAGGGUUUCUUCGUUCUGUAAAAGCAUCUGUACUAAUUCCCAGAUUUAUGUUCUUUCUUGUUCAUAUUCGUUUCUCGGCAUUGCGGAAAGAGGCGUGUGGGUCUUUUUAGUCUCCUUUUCUCUUAACGAUUUCGACGUGAAAGAAGACCCUUCCCCGGUCUGUGUUCUACGACUUUGUUUUUUUUUCGUCGGGGUUAUACAGGUUUUUAUUUUGUAUUCUAUCUUUGUAGGGGGAUGUCUUGUCUGUAUAUUUGUUGCCACCUUGUAUGAUUCCCAAAUGUUUUCUUGUUGGUGUUGG